AUGACAACUACUCGUACACCCAAGAAAGAAGGCUCUGUCUCUGACAACACUGACAAUGAGUCCGUUGACCAGUUUGAAUCCGUAUCGGCUCAAAAUAAGGAACGAAGGAUGAUUCGGUUUUCUUCGGAUGUCAAGAAAAGCUUUGACUAUACUGACUGCACAGAGGAUGGCGAUGACGCCUCUGAAAUGUCGAAAAGGAGUUUCAUGGAAGAAAUCCUGCCCGUCGGAGAGCUGACAGAGACAGAGCAAAGAGGGUUGGCGGAAGCAUUCGGUGACCUGUUUUGUUGCACUGGAAAAGCAGAGUUGGAAUCUUAG